ACCAGCCGGGGAGCGCCCCGCAGAAGGGGAGGCCCCGCCGCCCAGCCAUGGGGGACACCUUCAUCCGCCACAUCGCCCUCCUGGGCUUCGAGAAGCGCUUCGUCCCCAGCCAGCACUACGUGUACAUGUUCCUGGUGAAGUGGCAGGACCUGUCUGAGAAGGUGGUCUACCGGCGGUUCACGGAGAUCUACGAGUUCCACAAAAUGUUGAAGGAAACGUUUCCUAUUGAGGCGGGGGACAUCAACCCGGAGAACAGGAUCAUCCCCCACCUGCCAGCCCCGCGGUGGUUCGAUGGGCAGCGGGUGGCAGAGAGUCGCCAGGGCACCCUCACCGAGUACUUCGCCUCGCUCAUGAGCCUGCCCGUCAAGAUCUCCCGCUGCCCCCACCUCCUCGACUUCUUCAAGGUUCGCCCCGACGACCUCAAGCUCCCCACGGACAACCAGGUGAAAAAGCCAGAGACUUACCUGGUCCCCAAAGAUGGCAAGAACAGCACCGUCACGGACAUCACGGGGCCCAUCAUCCUGCAGACCUACCGCGCCAUCGCUGACUUUGAGAAGAGCUCGAGCUCCCAGAUGGCUCUGGCCACGGGCGACGUGGUGGACGUGGUGGAGAAGAGCGAGAGUGGAAGCCUCUGGCUUAGAAAGGAGAGGAAGGGAGGGCCAGCCGGGGCUGCACGGACCCUCACGCCGCGUCCCUGCUCCCGCCGCCGACCAGGAGAGCCCUACGUCGCCAUCAGAGCCUACACUGCUGAGCUGGAGGACGAGGUGUCCCUGCAGGAGGGCGAAGCCAUCGAUGUCAUUCAUAAGCUCCUGGACGGCUGGUGGGUGGUCAGGAAAGGCGACAUCACAGGCUACUUUCCAUCCAUGUACCUACAGAAGUCGGGGCAGGAUGCCGCCCAAGCCCGACGCCAGAUCAAGAGCCGAGGGGCGCCGCCCCGGAGGUCGUCCAUCCGCAACGCACACAGCAUCCACCAGCGGUCUCGGAAGCGUCUCAGCCAGGACACCUAUAGGCGCAACAGUGUCCGUUUUUUGCAGCAGCGCCGCCGCCAGGCGGGGGCGGGACCACGGAGCUCAGCAAGGGAGCAGCCGCAGACUGGAAGCGCGAAACCACAGCCCGCGGUGCCCCCGCGGCCCAGCGCAGACCUUAUCCUGCACCGCUGCAGCGAGAGCACCAAGCGGAAGCUGGCGUCUGCAGUCUGAGGCUGCGGCACCUGCUCCAGCUGGCGCCCUGGCCCCUCCGCCCCGUCCUGCCCCACUCCAGUGUAUCCGUGUACAGAUCCUGAGGUCCGGAUGCUUCUGGCAGCUCCGGGCCCCGCCCCACCUCUUAACCGCUGUCAAUAAAUGUUUCGUGGAGUGGA